GACAUUGAUGCCCGGUCAGGAAUUGAAUGUGGGGUUUUUAAUGGAGGAACGCAAAAAACGUUGUGAUAAAGACAUCAAUGCGCCACCUUUCGAUGAUUUGCGUAAUUUUACCUAUGAGGGGAGUGGGAGCAUAGCGGAGUCCUUAAGUUCGUUAGCAUCAGGCACCGACGAUGAGAAUCAAGACUUUAAUUACUUAGAAACGUGGGGUCCGCGUUUCAAUGCCUUGGCGGCAUUAUAUCUGCAAGACAAAACGAAAUUGAAACAGCCGACAGCAGUCAAUGAGGAAUUAACGCAGGAGAGUGGUGUAUUAUAAAAUUAAAUUAAGUUCAUAGAUUAAAU